AUGAGCUCAAGACCCGGCGGUGGCCAUCGCGUGGGGCGCAUGGUGUCCCUGGGGCGCAUCUCCGCGCCCAAGCCCAUCAACCUGCCCAGCCAAAGGAGGGAACACGGCGGGCUGGAUCCCAACGUGGAGCUCGUCCCAAAGGGUUCGCACACGUGGAACGCCCCGGCCAAGGAGGAGAACGCGCUGGUCCACAAACCCAGGAUUGGCGAGGCGGCGUGGGCCGGCGGCCGGCCGGCCUCCAUCCCCCCGCCCUCCCACGCCCGCUCCCCCGAUCGCAGCGACUCGUUCCCCGACCUCAACGGAGCAGCCGGCGGCGGGUCUCCGGUUGAGGACGGUCGCAGGGACGAGUACGGUCGCAGAAAUGACAGGUACGACGACGGGUACCACCACGGUCGCAGGGAUGACAGGUACGACGACGGGUACCACCACGGUCGAAGGGACGACAGGUACGAUAACGGGUACCACCACGGUCGAAGGGACGACAGGUACCACGACGGCUUCGAUCGGGACCCGCGCGACGGGUACCACGGCCGCCGCCGAUCCUUCGAGAGGGACGGCGGAUACGGGCACGACCGCGACCACCGCGGGUACGGACCCCCGGACCGCAGGUACCACCACCACGACGACGAUCGCGACGGGUACGGGCCGCCGCCGCCGCACGGAUCCUCGCAUCGGCAGUUCCCGGCAGGCAGGGACGGGUGGGGGCGGGAGCCGAGGGCGUACGCGAGGGACCCGAGAGAUUUCGAGGGAUAUCCGAGAGACCCGAGAGACCCGAGAGACCCGAGGGCGGAGAUGCACGAACGGAGGCACGGGCACGAAAUAAUAGAGAGGCGCAGGUCGUUUGAACCGCCGCCGGGACCGGGGAGCCCCUCAGGGGGUCCGCCGCCGGGACCGCCACCUCUUCCUCCGGGUCCCCCGCCCGCGUGGGCGACCAAGGCACCCAACACCGCCGGCGAGGGCGGUAAGCCCGUCGAGCCACCUCGCCCGACCUCCCCGGCGGCGCGCGCCGAUCGCAGGUCGUCCAACGGCGCGCCCGGUGAGUGGGGAUCUGCGGCGAACGAGGCUGACACGUCCCUGCCCCCGGUGCCGUCCGACGACAGCCGCGGCGCGAGCCCGGCGCCGCCGCCGCAUGGGCCACCUCCGGGCCAACCAUCGCCGUCCGCGCAGGGUGGGUCACCGGCGGCUCCCCCCAAGAACGUCAGGGUCCUGACCCGACCGUCCGGACACUCGCCGGGCAAGCCGCUCGAUGAUACGGGACACUUCAGCAGCGCAAAGCUCCCCGAGCACCUGCGCGACCUCAGGCUGGCGCCCACCGGUGAGAAGAAGCUGUGGACCCCCGACGGUUCGGGUUCAGGGAGUAACAGCAGGAACAACUCCAUUGGUGAGCGGCGCGCGCCCGUCGAGACUGUCCACAAGGUUGUGGUUGCGCGAAAGGGUGGCGACGCAGGCGGGGGAGAGGGCAACGGGAAGGAUGGCAAGGUCAAGGGCGCCGGACCCAAAAAUAAGAAGCAGGGGAACAAGAAGGCGGAGGCGUCCAAGCCUAAGGCGGCCGCAGCCGCCGCAGCCGCUCCGCCGGUGAAUCCUCCUCCGCCGCCCGGGCCUCCACCUCCCGGCACGGCUAAGGUUGCGGUGCCUCAACCCGCGCCUCAACCGGUGGCCAAUGGAUCUGGUCCUAAGGGCAACAAGACGAGCAAGGCUAAUAAGACGAGCAAGGAGGCCAAGGAAGCAACGACCGGCGAUACAGUUAAGCAGAUCCCGGCGCCCAAGGGGAAGGGGGCGAAGGGAAAGGAGAACCCCACGGAGGUUGCUGGUAAUGGGACCUCGCCCACCCCUGCGAAAAACAAGGGUGGCCGUGGCACCAAGGGUGGCCGCGGAGGUAAGGCACCUGUCGUUAAGGCACCACCUAUCGCCGGAGAGACAGCCUUGCCCGCACCGCAGGCUGCAGAGAAUGCGGCGUGAUAA